CAAGUCUCGUCAGGAGAACGCGAAUUCUCGAGACAUCGCCAUUUUCUGUUGACUUCCCGUAAAAGAUGAUAGACUGAUAUUUACAUCCUUGUAAUGGCUUGACAACAUCUAAGCGUGGACACAGCGAGAGCUGACGUAACAGACCAUGCCAUUUAUACAGCGGUGUUUGGAACCCAUCAACGUUAGUCGGGUAGAGGUAGAAAAGGGCAUUAAAAAUGAGCUGGAAUGUGUGACCAAUCACACGCUCAGUAACAUCAUUCUACAGCUCAGCAGCCUCAGUAAGCAUGCGGAGGACAUGUUUACCGAGCUGUCACAGGAAGUGCAGACGUUCACCGACCGCACGCGGCAGCUCCAGGGUAGAAUAGACCAUCUACAGGAGAAGGUCACCAGGCUAGACGCUGCUGGAGAGCUAGUAUCCAUCCAUGAUAUACACCUGAGGAAACCUUACAAGAGUUCUACCCAACAUGACCAACAGGUGGUGUCCCGGUCUACAAUACCACGGUGUAUACUGAAGGCUUACAGUCAGUGUGAGGCCACGCCGGCGCUGGACAAACUUAACCCAUACAGAGAGGAUGGCCGGGACAGUGUGAAGUUUUACACAGAUCCAGGGUAUUUCUUUGAAUUAUGGUUCCAAGACAUCCAGAAAGAUAUAGAAAAUAGGAAAACGGAACUAAAAGCCAAGAGAAAAAAGAGACCACAGAAGCCAAAUCAACAAAAGAAAGCCCCGCGACAGGUGCAGACAGUAGUGGAGAAAUACCGAGAUAUGAAGCAGGGAGUGGAGUUCUCCAACAAAACAGAUUACGCUGAUCCAGCUAAACUAAACAUACAAACAAACCAACCACGACCGGGAAGUUUGGAGGUGCAAACAAGAAAACCAGACGGAGACCAUAGGGGCUCACGGCCUCCUCAGAAUGGGCCACACUAUUCUCAGGAUGUGUCAAGACAGUCUAACUUUCAAAAUGAGAACAAUAAUUACAUUGGCCAGCCUGGAGGUCACCAUCCUCAAAGCAUUCAAAACCAGUUAUCGCCUCAGCAGAACCGCAUGUCAAAUAUGUCACACAGAGGAUCCUCUGGGAGUAUUGGUGCCUCAAGGCCCAGUCAGCCCCCUCCUGCACCUCCUCCUUUGAUGUCAAAUGCACAUCUUCAUCAUCAUCAUAACAGUCCAAACAGGGACAGUCUACCACCGCCACCACCCCCUCCACCCCUGGGUGAAGAUGAGGAUCCAAGACGGUACCACCCUAGUCCAGAAAUUUCAAGAGUGCCCACCACUCAUCGACCAUCACCUGCAAGGCAAGAGGUGGAUCUGCCUCCCCCACCCCCUCCCCCUCCAAUGAGCCCAGAACAAAAUCUACCCCCUCCCCCACCCCCACCACCUGUGGAUACGGGGAUGGCACCCCCUCCACCCCCACCCCCUCCACCACCCAUGCCUAUGACUAAUGGUUUUGAUGACGAGAGUUCUUCAACUGGUUCUAGUUCCUUAAAAAUGGAUCUUAGCGCUUCUCCACAACUGAAACCAACGCCCAAACCACAGCCCAUGGUGGAUGAUAGAAGUAACUUAUUGGCACAAAUUCGACUGGGCACUCAUAAAGAUAAAUUGCGCAAGGUGGAAGAGAAGAAACAAGAGAGAGACAAGUCUGCACCGGGCGGUAACUUUGACGUUCAUUCCAUCAUGAACAGAGCAUUUGAAAUGCGCCGUAAAGUGAUAGAAGAAAGUGAAGAAGAAGACGGUUCUUCAGACGAUGAAUGGGACUUGUACAGCUUACAAGAAAUAGUAGACAAUACACCAUUUCACGAUGUCCUACUUAUCUUGGGAGACUUAAAUGCAACAGUUGGGAAAAGCAACCAAGGAAGAGAAAGCAUCAUGGGUAAGCAAGGCUUAGGAGAAUGUAACAGCAAUGGAGAGAGACUGUGCACUUUCUGCCAAGAAAACAACUUGAUAAUUGGUGGAACUAUAUUUAUGCACAAAGAUAUCCAUAAGACAACAUGGAACUCCCCAGAUGGACAUACGAAAAAUCAAAUUGAUCAUGUCAUCAUCAACAAAAGAUGGAGAAGUAGCCUCCUGUAUGUGGUUGCAAAGCAAGGAGCAGACGUGGGAACAAAUACUUUGCCCAAGAAAGAGGAAAUGAGAGGAAUGGAUCUCGGAGAACACAUGGAAAAUAGUAGAACAACGAAAAGAAAAGAAAAAGAAAAGAAAAAGAAAAUCCUGUCCACUAAAUCAAAGAGACAAAAAGACCAGCUCCAAGCAGAAUAUCGGACUAUAGACAAAGAAGAAAAAUGCAAGCGCAGACAGAAAGCUGGUAAAUUUCAGACAGCAGAUUUACCAGUAAAAGAUAAAAGAGGAAACGUCUUAUCCAAAGAAGAAGAUGUACAGAAACGAUGGAAAGAACAUUUUGAGGAAGUGUUCAAUAUAAAUUAUACAGGAAAUGAGGUCCUGAUAGCACCAGCCAUUAGCAUACUGGAUAUUAAUACAGAUCCACCCAGUAUGAAGAGAAUCAUGCCAUUGAUACAAAGAUGUUUGGAACCCAUCAACGUUAGUCGGGUAGAGGUAGAGAAGGGCAUUAAAAAUGAGCUGGAAUGUGUGACCAAUCACACGCUCAGUAACAUCAUUCUACAGCUCAGCAACCUCAGUAAGCAUGCGGAGGACAUGUUUACCGAGCUGUCACAGGAAGUGCAGACAUUCACGGACCGUACGCGGCAGCUCCAGGGUAGAAUAGACCAUCUACAGGAGAAGGUCACCAGGCUAGACGCUGCUGGAGAACUGGUGUCCAUCCAUGAUAUACACCUGAGGAAACCUUACAAGAGUUCUACCAAACAUAACCAACAGGUUGUGUCCAGAUCUACAAUACCACGGUGUAUACUGAAGGUCUACAGUCAGUGUGAGGCCACGCCGGCUCUGGACAAACUUAACCCUUACAGAGAAGAUGGUACGAAUAGUAUGAAGUUUUACACAGAUCCAGGAUAUUUCUUUGAAUUAUGGUUCCAAGAUAUGCAAAAAGAUAUAGAAAAAAAGAAAGCGGAACUAAAAGACAUAAGGCAAAAUAGACCACAGAAGCCAAAUCAGCAGAAGAAAGCCCCUCCACAGGUGCAGACAGUAGUGGAGAAAUACCAAGAUAUGAAGCAGGGAGUAGAGUUUUCCAACAAAUCAUAUAGGGCUGAUCCCGCUUUACUAUAUAUACAAAACAACCAAUCACGACCAGCAAGCUUAGAGGUGCAAAUGCAAAAAGCAGAAAAUAAUAACAGGGUCUCAAGACCUCCACAGAAUGGGCCACAGUAUUCUCAGGAUGUGUCAAGACAGUCUAACUUUCAAACUGAGAGCUAUAAUUACAUUGGCCAACCUGGAAGUCACCAUCCUCAAAGCAUUCAAAACCAUUUAUCUUCUCAACAGAGCUGCAUGUCAAAAAUGUCACACCGAAGAUCUUCUGGCAGUAUUGGUGCCUCGAGGCCCAGUCAGCCCCCUCGUGCACCCCCUCCUUUGAUGCCAAAUGCACAACAGUAUCAUCAGAAGAGUCUAAACAGGGACAGUUUACCACCGCCACCACCCCCUCCACCCCUGGGUGAAGAUGAGGAUCAGCUUAGUCCAGAAAUUUCUAAAGUGCCCAUCACUCAUCGACCUUCACCUGCAAAGCAAGAGGUGGACCUGCCUUCCCCACCAAUGAGCAUAGAACAAAAUUUCCCUCCUCCCCCAUGUCCACCACUUGUGGAUGCAGGGAUAGCACCCACACACCCUCCAUCACCCAUGUCUAUGGCUAAAGGUUUUGAUGAUGAGAGUUCUACUGGAUUUAGUUUCCUAAAUAUGGAUCUUAGUGCUUCUCCACAACUGAAACCAAAGUACCAACCUCAGCCCGUGGUGGAUGAUAGAAGUAACUUGUUGGCACAAAUUCGACUGGGCAAGCAAUUGCGUAAGGUGGAAGAGAAGAAACAAGAGAGAGACAGGUCUGUACCAGAUGGAAACUUUGAUGUUCAUUCCAUCAUGAACAAAGCACUGGAAAUGCGUCGUAAAGUGAUCAAGGUACGUAGAGAGGAGGAUGACUCUUCUGAAGGUGAAUGGGAAUGAUCAGCAUUAACUCCAGACUUAUACUAUCCUAAAAUGUAAACGCUGCAGUUAUUUUUGUUGAUUGAGUAUCCAUGACAACAGGCUUUUCUCCAAAGACCCAACUUUUAAUGAAAUAUUUGAAGAGAUGAAUGAUGUGUAACUUGAAAAGAUCUACACGCGGCUUUGUAGUCAGCUGAUGCAGUGAUGAUGUAUUUGUAACACAUAAUAAAAGUAUAUAAGAAAAAAACAUUAGAAGAUUG